AUGAAGGAAGAAAAGGCUACAGAGAACGCCAAACAAAAGGCUACUCGUUCCAAAAGCGGCUGUUUCACGUGUCGAGCCCGAAGAAAGAAAUGUGACGAAAAACGGCCGUCAUGCUCUGGCUGUAUCAGAAAUAACUUCGCGUGCGAUUGGCCAAUGUAUCACAAUCAGACGUUGAGAGACUUCAGAAACCACACUCUUAAAAGUGUCCCUCGCCAGGUGCUACAGCAACUAUCGCCCCAGUCACCCUCGCAACUCACAGAGCUUGAUAUUUCUUCUCAAGAAAAAUUAUGUUUGGAAUACAUUCUUGGACCUUUUGUUAAAUUGAUGUGUCCUACUCCUGCUGCCGAUAAGAUCCGAGAACACAUCGAGGAGCAGCUACUACGAGAUGAAGUGUUUCGCAAAGUAUCAAUUUGUUUAGGCAAUUUCCAUAACCCAACUUUUGGAACAGUUGGUCAUGAGCAGCUCUUGCAAAAUGCACUUGAAUCGUUCCGAUUAAAGCUCGCCAAUUCAGGAAGCAACGGCAUGCUCAACUUGGACACGUUGCACAGCGUGUCGUUCUUAAACUUUCUAGAGUUGACAGGAGCUAACAGGCUGCUCCACAAAGUCGUUUUACACAUGGAGACCAUCUUCCAGAUUAUGUGCAACAUUAUCGCCGAUGGAACUUAUUUAGAAACCACGAUUUUCCGGGCUUGUGCCGACAGCUUCUACUACAACUACGGCUUGGUGUUGCUUUGUUCCUCUAAGGGUGAAGCGGAACGGCUACCCAAUGUAUACAAUGUCAACACCAUAUGGAAAGCUCUUCAUAUGGACAAUGUUCAUGAUUAUGAGCUGAAUCCGAUUUUGGGCAACAAAUUCCCAGCAAUCUCGUUUAUUAACCGGGCCUGUUAUAUAUUUCGAAACAAUAUCGUCGAGAGGCGAGCGUUAGCAUAUCUGUUGAAGGCCGAGAUUGAUAAAACGCUUCUAACAAAAAUGUCACAGCACCAGGAGGUAUUGUUGAAAUCUGCGGAAAUGCUCAUCCUCAACAUCCUCCAUCGUCGGCAAGACGAGGUGGAUAUUCAGAAAGCCCAGUUUACCAAAAAAUGCCUUGCAUACUUGCAGGAGUUGAAGGCUGAGGAGGCUGACUUCGUCAUCGUAUGGGCAUACUUUAUUUGUGGCGUCUGUAUUGUGCUGGAGGAGGAAAAACAACAAAUGCGGCAGAUUGUGAAGAAUGGGAAUUUGAAUCCGGCGAUAUAUUUCCUGGAUAUCAUGUUACAGCUCAUAGAGCAGUCUUGGAGGGCCGGUAAGGGCCUUGAAUGUUUGCAUGAAGAGCAAUUUGUCUAUGAACUCCAUGAGAUUGUUGGGGUGACCUGA